AUGGAAAAACAGAAGUAUGCUGGACCAAUACCCCCUAUCGAGUAUUACGAUCCCAAUAAUAUGAAGGUUGAAGAUAGGGAAAAGUUCAUUAAAUGGUACCAGGAACGUGUGGCUGAAAACUAUGUGUUCGAUUUCGAGAAGGAGUUUGUUGAAUAUUGUGUAUCUGAUGUCGAUAUUCUCACGCAAGCCUGCCUCAAAUUCAGAAAACUCAUGAUAGACGAGGGGAACGUAUGCCCGUUUACAGAAGCCUCAACACUACCCAGUGCUUGCAACAAGAUUUUCCGCCGCAAUUUCCUCCAGCCCGAAACUAUAGGUAUCAUUCCUAAAAACGGGUACAGGUUAUGCGAUAACCAAAGUAAGAUCGCGCUCCAAUGGUUAUUGUGGGAGGAACAAGAAAGAGGGGUUGAAAUCAUACAUGCUGCAAAGCAGCAGGAAAGUAUUGUCGCGGGAUGUAAAGUAGAUGGGUUCUGUGAAAAAUCAAAACAAGUGUUUGAGUUUCACGGUUGUUAUUACCAUGGGUGCCCUAGAUGUUACAAGUACGAGCGCCAGGUACCGCUGAAAGACGACCCUACACAAACAUUGGAUUCCCGGUACGAAAAUACGGUUACUAAAACUCAACAUUUAAUAGACCAAGGCUACGAGGUGAUUGAAAUGUGGGAGUGCGAUUUCCGGCGCAAUAUGAACGAUGAAAUCAGACAAUAUACCGAAGACCAUCCUCUACUUAUCAAUUUACCACUAAAUCCGCGCGACGCUUUUUACGGGGGCCGUACGGAAAAUAUGAAAACCUAUUACAAGUGCCGGGACGGAGAACAAAUCAAAUACGUCGACGUUUGUUCGCUUUACCCGUGGGUGAACAAGUACGGAAAGUACCCCGUAGGACAUCCGGAAGUUAUCGUCGGUAAUGAAAAGUGCAAUAAACUUAAUCUGCUUGAAACAGAUGGACUGAUUAAAUGCAGAAUUCUUCCACCUCAGCAGCUGAUCCAUCCCGUAUUGCCCGUAAAACUGAACGAUAAACUCAUGUUCGUGUUGUGUUACACGUGCGGUAAAACAGGGUCCAGAGAGUGUAGUCAUAGCGAUGAAGAGCGGGUAAUUAACGGAACAUGGGUUAUUGACGAAGUGGUGAAGUCGGUUGAGAAAGGGUACCUUAUACUAGAUAUUCAGGAAAUCUGGAAGUAUAAGGUAACGCAGUAUGACCCGGAGACAAAAGAAGGGGGUUUAUUUAAUGGAUACAUCAGCAAAUUCCUAAAAAUAAAACAAGAAUCAUCAGGCUGGCCUUCAUACUGUACAACGCCCGAAUCCAAAGACCAAUACGUACGAGAAUAUUUGGCAAGGGAAGGUGUUACGCUAGAUCCCCAAAAGGUGGCUGUAAAUCCGGGUCUUAGACAGUUGGGUAAAGCGGUUAUCACCUCGUUUUGGGGCAAGUUAGGACAGAGGGAAAAUCAGGGAAAGACGUCUAUUGUGAAUAGGCCAGAAACCCUGUUUUCCAUGCUAACUAACCCUGCAACAGAUGUCAACUCCAUACUGCCUGUGAACGACGAUACUUUACUGGUAAAUUGGUCGUUUAAAGAUGAAGCGUACGAUGUUUUACCAACAGUAAAUGUAUGUUUAGCUGCAUACACCACGGCUCAAGCCCGCCUGAAAUUAUAUAGCUACCUGGAAAAAGUUGGUGAUAAUGCUAUUUACACGGACACCGAUAGCGUUAUCUACCUAUCGAAGGCAGGGCAAGAAGAUAUUCCGCUUGGAAAUUUUCUGGGAGAGAUGACUGACGAGCUGGAGGGGUAUGGCGAGGGUAGCUACAUUGAUGAGUUUGUGUCGGGAGGGCCUAAGAAUUAUGCGUAUAAGGUAUAUUCUCCUAAAUCCGGGGAAUAUUCCAUAACGUGCAAGGUUAAAGGUCUUUCCCUAAACUACAACGCCUCUCAAACCGUGAAUUUUGAAACCAUAAAAUCCAUGGUUUUAACAGAAGAAGAGCCCGAACCUGUCCCAAUAAUAUACAAACAGAUACGGAGAACCGGGGAUCACAAAGUUAUGACUACACAACUGACUAAACUAUACAGACCGUUGUCGACCAAAUGGAAAUUCGACGAGCAAGGUGGUUCAUUACCGUUCGGGUUUAAAAAAGCUAGACUGUAG